AGCUGUAGGGUCCGCCGGCCGGGGCCGCCGAUUCGGGCGACUCGGGCAACUCGGCGAUUCGGCGACGCCAUGGAAGCCGAAGGGGGCGCAGGAAAGCCCAAGUCGAAGCGGCAAUGGAAGAAGAUCAAUGCAGAUGAGAUUCUGAAUAUCCAGUCCUACGAGGAGGUGCGAAAGGGCAAUGAAAAAGGCAAAGGAAAGAAUGAGAAGGGCAAGGGAAAAGGAAAUGGUAAAAGCAUGCCGGACGAGGGGAAAGGCAAAGGAAAGGGAAAGCAUUCGAGGAUGGACGAAGGACCACCAAGCGUAGAGGGGAGCCCAAAGGAGGGUGACACCGAGCAGAGGAGGCUACCGGCCCGCGAAGGGCGGCGGCCGGCGCGCCUUUGAGCGCGACGGCAAGGGCAAGGGCCGGGGUCGCAAAGGCUUCCCAUCGGCCGCAGCUGGUCCCGGCUUUACGGCCGUGGAGUCCGCGGCGCCGGCGCCAGAGGAAGCGCGGGCUCCACAGGCACCCAGCGCUGGACCCUUCGCAGGCGGCAUGAACUACAUGCCCCCCAUGGCACAAGCCAUGCCCUUCGACGUCGCUCAGCUUCCGAUGUACCCGCCCUACAUGGGAGGAGGUAUGGGCAUGCCCUUCAUCGGCUACAUGCCGGAGAUGAUGCCGGGCAUGUCGUCGCAGCCGCAGCGGCAAGAGGUGGUGAGCAAGGCCCAGCGACAGAUCGAUUACUACUUCAGCAAGGAGAACCUCAUUAAGGAUGUGUACCUCCGCCGCCACAUCAUGGACACGCAGGGCUGGGUGAGCCUCACGAGCCUGGCUCAGUUCCCGAAGCUCGCACACAUCACGAGUGACCUGGGCAUGUUGGUGGAGGCGGUGGGCAACAUCCAGAAGCUGGAGAUGAAGCAGGACGCCAGCGCGGUGCGGCUCAGGGAAGAUUGGCAGGGCUGGGUGCUGCAGCCGGGCACAUGAUCAUCGGUGCCAUGUGCUGAUCCUCCCCCUGCCACUCAACUGAGCUGCAUGGAUCGUUUCAUGUAGUCAAUUUAGCCCUGCCCACUCAAAACAUGUAGUUACAUUCGCGGAUUUGGUGCACAGCCCGUUUGGUGCACAAAUCUUUUGGUGCACGGAUCAUUUCGUGUACACAGUGUCAAACUAAGUCUCAAGUCUCAAGUCGAAGUUCACUCGUCAGAUUUCACUUUACAUGGACGG